AUCCAUUCAAAGACUCCAACUCCCAAACUCUGUUAUUCAGCAAGCCGGCCUUUCUGUGAUCCUAAGCAUUGGCUGCCGCCCGCCGGCCGGAAAUUCAAGAAUGGAGUACUACUAUAAAGAUGACCCGAGCAGUAGAGCGACGCCAUCUUCUUCAAAUCCUGCGGCGGCGUUGAGUGUGACGAUGAGGAGGAGCAUUUCCCAGAGGACCUCAAGUGAAGACAAUCCUCCUCCGUCGACUUAUAUCUCGAGGACUUAUUCCCACAAGAACCUGCUGGCCGCCGAGGCGGCGGCGGCGCCUUCCACCUCCAAGAAGCCCCCCGUGAAAAAUUUCACCCGCAAAUGCAAAAGCCUGGCCAAGGAGCAGAAGGCCAAGCUUUAUAUAAUGAGGCGGUGCAUUUCUAUGCUCGUCCGCCGGGAAAAGCACUGGGACGACGACGACGAUUGCUCGUGACGGCCGCCACGACAUUGCCAAACAACAUAGUAUCUCCACAUCAGUCAUCGCUGACAUUCACUGUACAUUUACAAGAAGUUUCACAAUUCAGAUAGGUGUGUGGUCAAGAUUGUGAGAUUGAUUAGUGCUUUGUAAUUUCGAUCUAUCAAAUUGAAUUGCAUAUACCAUUUAAAUUUUCAUUCAAUAUUUACCUCUCACUCAACUUUGUCAAUUUUAUAUUGAAUGAGAAAUUAGAAUAAUAAAGGAAGAAUUAGCACUCUCGAACUUUCA